AUGGCGAGCGCUGUAAAACGAGAUUUGCAUGACAAUAUGGAGAUCGAAGAUUUGCGUCGAGCGGACAGUGCUCAGCAGGUUGAUGACAUCGAGAAAGCCAAAGAACAUUCCUCAUUCGAGGCCGACGCGGUAGGCUAUAAAGAAUAUCGAGAGGGUCUUCAUAUGGUAAUUUCCAAGAAAGAAAACUCCAAAAUUCGCUGGAAGAUUGACUUGGUCAUUCUUCCCAUUUUCCUCACUACGCAAGCCUUGCAGUUCAUGGAUAAGACCGCAUUGAACUAUGCAAAUCUGUUUGAUUAUCAAACAACAUUAGGGUUAGAAGGUCAACAAUUCAAUUAUCUUUCUGCAAUGGUCUAUGCUGGGUACUUCUUCGGCCAGUAUCCCAGCGGCUGGUUAAUUGGACGAUUCCCAGCCCAGCGUGUCCUCGCAGUUAGCAUCUUCCUUUGGGGCCUGAUGGUUAUCAUCCUCACUCAAUGCCGUACUUAUUCAAGUGCCCUCGCUGUCCGUUUCAUAAUGGGACUUUUCGAGGCAACCGUCACUCCUGGCCUGACCCUCAUGACUGGUUUUUGGUAUACCCGUCAAGAGAUCCCACUUCGCCAAUGCAUAUGGUAUUCUUCCCUUGGAUGGGGGGGCAUUAUUGGUUCGUACAUCUCCUUUGGAAUCGCAAAGCUUCCCGCGGAUUUUACGCCUGCGCGCUGGGAGCUCAUCUUUUACAUUCUUGGCUCUGCAACCUGCCUCUGGGCCUUCGUGGUCUUCUUUGCUUUGCCAGACUCUCCUUCAAGCGCAUUCUUCCUAUCAAAGACAGAGCGUCUCUUGGCUGUCAAGCGUGUCGCUGGUAAUGAGACAGGAAUCAAGAAUAAAACUUUUAACAAGAAGCAGGGUCUUGUUGCGUUUGUGGAUCCUAAGGCCAUUUUGCUUUUUGUCUCAGUCUUUGCUGCUGCCAUUCCAAAUGGAUCCGUCGGCGAUGCCGUGCAGAUUGUCGCCUUGAUAAUUGGCGGUAUUAUCACACUAAACGUCCCUAGCUCUCGGCUGCUCACCGCAACAGCUGCAAACAUUCUGUUGGGAUUCACGGUCUCGCUGGUCACGGUAUCCUCGAAUAUGGCCGGUUAUACACACAGAGCAAUGGCGAACGCCAUGGUAUUCACCGCCUACUGCUGGGGCAAUUUCGCUGGUCCAUUUGUCGUCAAAGCAUCACAAGCACCCGAAUAUAAGGGAGCUACUAUCGGUCUGCUUGUUGGAUAUUUGAUCAAAGCUGUUUGUCAUCUUGGUUUACUUGGUUACAUGUUUGCUGUCAAUCGAUAUCGUGAUUCGCACUACGGUCCCCCAGACAAGGCCCAGAGUGAUGAGGCAGGUAUGAGGGACUGUACUGAGUUCGAAAAUAAAGACUUCCGAUAUGUGUUGUAA